UCUUCGCUAUAGAAGGUCCUGUUUCUUGCAGCUUCGUUUUCUUUCCUGCCUUAGAUCUAGCGAGAGAGAGAAACAGAUUCGUCGAUCUUUCCAAAUUCUUCCAAGAAUCUUUCAUGGAUACAUCGCCAUUCAAUUCUACUAGAGUUUCUUCUGUUCGUUCUCAGCGCUCCCAUCUCUUUUUAUCGAAAACUUUUCAUCUUUUGUUUCGUUCUCAACCUUGUAGUCCCUUCUGACUGUAUCUUCUACGAGUUCACAUCGAUGGGUAAACGAAAAUCCCAACGUAAGAAUGCUGCGACGUUGGAUAACGACGACACUGAUAGUGUGAGUUCCUCGUCGACUGUCCGGUCGGACCAUAUGCUGGUGUCUGGUGGUGAGGAAGUUCAGCUUGAUAAAGAGAGUAUACUUGAUCAAUGUUUGGAUGCUUUAUAUGAGAAGAGGGGUUCCACGAGAGAGAAAGCUUUGGCGUCAAUUAUAGAAGUCUUUAAUAGCAACUUACAACAUGAGUUUGUGGAAAUGAAGUUUGCAACAUUGCUGCAUCAAUGUCUGAAUUCCCUCAAGAAGGGAUCUGCAAAAGAGAUAGCUUUAGCAUCUCAUGCAAUCGGGUUGUUGGUGCUCACAACUGGUCCUGGGGACAAAGCAAAAGAAAUAUUGGAAGAAUCAGUGUCUCCUAUUUCAGAGGCUCUUAAAUCACGGUCUGAAACAUCAAAGAUAUCAUCGUUACUAGAGUGUUUGGCUAUCAUCACUUUUGUUGGUGGUGAAGAGCCGGAGGAAACAGAAACAUCAAUGCAAAUAAUGUGGCAAUUGGUUCAUCCAAAACUGGGUCCUAAUGUUGUUGCCACUAAACCUUCACCAGCUUUAAUAACAGCAGUGGUAUCUGCUUGGUCCUUUCUGCUUACAACUUUGGAUGGAUGGACGCUGAACCCUAAAAGUUGGCAACAGUCCAUUUCUUAUUUUUCUACUCUGCUAGACAAGGACGACAGGUCUGUACGCAUUGCAGCUGGUGAAGCCCUUGCUUUAAUUUUUGAGACCGGAAAUUUGGAGAAGUUCUGUGGUGAAGUUAAAGUAUCUGGUGACAUCUCCAUUACUGAAGGAAACAAUUAUCGGGAAUUUGUACAUAUCCGGGGGUUGAGGGGAAAAAUCCUAAAUCAAGUGAGAAACCUUGCUGCGGAGGCAGGUGGUAAAGGUUCUGCUAAGAAAGAUCUUAACAGCCAGCGGAACUCAUUUAGAGAUAUUCUGGAAUCUCUUGAGGAUGGCUAUAGUCCAGAAACUUCAACGAAGAUUGGUGGAGAGUGCCUGAACAUAGCAACGUGGGCUCAAUUGAUACAGUUGAACUUUCUGAAGCGCUUUCUUGGGGGCGGAUAUGUUAAGCACAUGCAGGAAAAUGAAUUUCUUCACAAUGUAUUUGGUUUCACACCAAAGACGAAGCUUCUUUCGAGGAGUGAGCAUCAUAUAUCUGCUCUUGAGAAGAGGAUGUACAAGUCACCAAACUCAGUUCUUAAUAAGGCAAGGACCCAGUUGUUGAACAAGCAGCGAAUGUUGUCCCAGGUAAUUUCUUUUCAGUAGAUGGUGGUCAGUGGUCACUUCUUCCUUUGCCUGCUGUUUAGUUGCAUAUUGAGUUGUAAAUUCUAAUAAGAGUAGGAGUAUUAAGAUGGUUUAGACCAAGGAUCAAACUUUGUCAUGCUUCUGCCUCUACUACAUUUAGACACCCUUAGACAGCUAGGAUUUAGGAUGCUCUUUGCACUGGAGUGACUGGUAACCUUUACAUUGGCUGGGCUCAAAUUGCCCGUAACUGGUUUGUCAAGCCUUAGGUCUUGGCUCAAAGUAAAUGUUGCUUUCUCAACUUGUAUACCCUGGUACCUGUCAUUGUUUGCUGUUAACUAGCAUUUGAUAUGUUGAUUGCUUUGUUCAUGAGCAGGAUAAGAACACUGGCCACUAUGCAGUUGGCUUUGGUGAUGAGGAAAUUUAGAGUCUGAAUCAGCUUUAUAUGCUCUUGAUAGGCACUGCAGGAUUGAAUAACCCAAUGAAGGGCUUCUAAAAUAUUGCAUCAACGUUAUUAUAAUUCAAAUUUAUAUCAAAAUUAACCUUAAUUUAGUUACUGGUGGUAAUGAACUUGUACUCAUAUCAGGGCAAAAAUAUGUUGUACCUUCAAGAAAUUCUUUUUGUUCUUAUUUGAGGCAAUUAUUGUGGAAUAAUAUAUGGUAGUCAUGCUAAGGGCCAUGCACUGAAAUUCCA